AUGCAUUCUUGUCGCGACGAGCGCUUCUUUGUUGGCGCUCUCUACAGCAUCUUUAUGUUGCCGUGUUUGGUGUUGCAGGCGCUUGUGGUGAAGGUGAGGCAGUGUCAACAUACGGCGUCGCGACACUUGCGGGUAACCACUUUCCAGGCAGCCGACCUUUUGUGAUUAGAAUUAUGGUACCUUUCGUAAUCUACGUAGUAUGACACAGAUUUUACAUUGACAACUAUCUGGUACUGAUAAGUUUACGAAUCCAUUGAAUUCAUCCACCGCUUUCAAAUCUAUGAGAGAUUUUUUUUCAAAAACUAGUAAAAGUACCAAAUUAACCUCUGGGGGAACUCUUCAAGCCGUUUAUUCACCAGGAAACUUAAUUCGCAACGUCUAGCUGCCAAAGCCUUUUCCGCAAUACUCGGCUGAUUUUCAAAAAUGCCCGCAGAACCCCGUGGUUCUUCUAGCUGCCCGCAAAGUGGUUGACCGCUAAUAUGGGCACGCCAACAAUAUCAGUCUGUCGGGGAAAUAAUGAGCACAAUGCCACUGUGCCGAUCCUCGUAAAAACAAUUUGAAAGUGAAAACCACUUUGAUUUUGCCGCAAUACAAUUCAUUUUCUCGACGCCGAUGCGAUUUUCAAUGCGAUAGGGUGCUCAUUAUUUUCCCGACAAAUUGAUAAAUCGCUGAAGAUAUUUUUUUUUGGAUUUUAGGUGAUAUGGCAGUCAAGAAUGUAUCGUGACUCCAUCAGCUUCGACACAAUACUCCGCCAAUCCGUGAUUAAUUUUAUGUUUGUCGCAACUCAAGUGCCACUAAUUUUUUACUCAACUUUUUGCACAUCUUUUCCAGAGAUUGACCAGGUAAUGAGACAAAUGUCGACUGAAAUCUCUUAUUUUACAGAGGGUGUUGUUGACCAAAAAUUCUGUGGGCAGGUCGGCUGGGUGGUGGGAGGAUCACCGUGUAAAAAUCCCUCAAUUCCGAGGCGCCGCGAAAAUUAUCUUGGCACCUCUUACCAGUUUUUCGUUGCAUUAAACUUGGCUCAAAUUUAGGAUAGUUUUUUCCAAGGCCUGUAAAUGUCAAGCUUUUUAUGCGAAAUUUUCCAUGCAAAGUUUCACGCCCCUUUGUAAUGUAGCAAAACUGGCAAAGAUAUCAACCAAAAAGUCCUUUUCCCCUCUGAACUCCCUCCGAAUUUCGCGUAUUCUCUCGGUUACAAUGACCGCAAAGUGCGCUCAAAGUUUUUUCAAAAAGUCAUACGUGCCUUAUACCCAACCUAUGUGCAAAAGUUAAGGAAAAUUUCCGCGUUGCACUUGGCACACUUCCCUGUUAAGGGGCCAAAAUAAGCACAUUUUAAUAUCCCUUUUAGGGCUUGGAAGACGAAACGUCACAGAAUUUUUUAUUGUCCUUAUCAACAUAAUCAAACGGAUUGUAAAACAUCAUCGUCAGCAGUUUUAAAAUUAUUUUUGACUUGGCUUUAAAGGCAUGGGAGAAGAAAAAAUUUUGUGACAUUUCGUCAACUAAGCCGUGAAAGCGAGACUGAAACUGUCGGGAAAAUAAUGAUUCCGUCGUAUUGAAAACCGGAUCGCCGAGAAAACGAAUUGUGUUGCGACAAAAUCACAUUCCUUUUCACUUCAGCGACACGAUCGGCUCAACGAUAUUGUGCUCAUUAUUUUCCCGACAAACCGAUAAAACUGAACGGCCUCUUUUAGUAUAUCGUCCUCGUCUAUUUGACCUGCUUUUUUUCCAUCGAACCCUACGGACUUGUUCUCACAUUAUCACGAAUCAACAUCAUCGCAAUGAAGAGUGUCAUCCCCGAAGUUGCUUUGAAGGUAAUUUUUAAAUUAAAAAAAAUUUUUUUGGUCUGUCGGAAAAAUAAUGAGCGAUCUGUCGCAUCAAAAAUCGCAUCGCCGACGGGAAAAAAUCAACUUGAGCAACGAACGCGAUCGGUGGGUGCAGCGACAUUGUGCUGAUUAUUUUCCCGACAGACUGAUAUAUUAUAGCAAUUGAUGUAAAGGAAUUUAUAUAUACAGUGAGAGGCCUGAUCCAGUGGCAAAAACCGUAUCAUUUUGCAUCCGGAAAAUAUCAAAAAAUGUGGCAAAAUGCCUCCCUCUCCAACUAAAAAAAACUCCGUUUUGAAUUGCCCUCACAAAAAAGUGCGGCAUGGCGUUUGAAAUCGGAGUUUUUUGACUUGCAGAUGGAGGUAUUUUGCUGCAUUUUUUGAUACUUUCCGGAAGCAAAAUGGUACGUUUUUGCCACUGGAUCAGGUCCGCGACUGUAGGCAAUGCUUUCGUUUAGACCUUGAACCGUCUAACAUUCCCCGGUUAUCUUUUGGUUAUGACUGUUAUCACAGUGUUUCCGAGCGCAGAUUGUGGACUGUUUUAUUAUGCGUACAACUGGGAGACCGCCAGUGAUUGUGCUCAUCAGGAUAUGCUGAAUGGACUCACGGAGGCGGUCUAUGUCAUCUUGGGGUUCAAUUUGAUGGCGUAUUUUGUAAUCUCCGGGUUUUUAGCGUUCCAGGUGAGGCUCGAAAAUACGCCCUUUGAUUACAAUACAAUAUAUUAUAUAUAUGUAUUACAACCUAUGUAAAAACAUGUCAUGGUAUAUGCAUAUUUAUAUACGGCUAUCAAUAAAAAAAUCUAUUUUCAGCGCCGUCAAACCCAAGCUUCAUCCAGCCAGACCGAUUUCAAAGCAGAGCAACGGGUACUUUUGUCGACAAUGUCCUCGUUCUUCUCAACAUUCGUCCUGAUUACGGGCAAAUUGGCUGUCACCGUAUACGUGAAUGAUGUGGUGUUGGCGAGAGUUGUGUAUCGAGUGUUGGUGCUCAUUUGCAACAAUCUUUUCGCGUUUUCAUUGGUCUUUGUGAACACGUGAGUUGCCGUUUACUUUACCAAAGUUAAUUGAGAGUUUAUUUUGUAGUAUUUUCAUAAAAUUCGUCCUCUUUCGCCCAGUGAAUUGUUCGUUAUUAUUUGCAGAUCCCUGCGCACAGGUGUUUUGAAAAUCAUCUGGCCAAGGUACCACAAACGGGCACCAACAAAAGUCGCUUUUUUGCCGACAAGGAACACCAUUACCUCCAGGGGUUGA